AUGGGAAAAAAAGAGAGAUCUAAAAAGCAAAGGAAACCAUCAGAAAAACAAGAAACCGAAAAUGGUCCUUUUUCUGCUUUAAAAAAGAAGAACCCUCUGCAAACUGACAAAAUCAAAAAGACACAUGCAAAGCCCAGGAAUUUUCGAUAUGUUCCUCCGUUUGAGCGUAACCAUCGGUUCUUAUUAAUCGGUGAAGGAAAUUUCUCGUUUGCAGCUUCUUUGCAGAAGCAUCAUUUAGAUGAUGAGGCGGCUCUACUAGCUACCUGUUACGACAGCAAAGCAGACGUAGAAUUAAAGUAUCCUGACUCUUCAGGAUACAUUGAGCAAGUUCUGCAAAGUGGAGGUGAAAUUAUAUACGACGUGGAUGCUACUAGGCUGAAGCAAAAUCGAAAGCUCAGAAAUCGACAAUUCGAUACAAUUCUAUGGAACUUCCCACACUCAGGAAAGGGUAUAAAGGACCAAGAUCGAAAUAUUCUAGAUAAUCAAAAAAUGCUGUUGGAAUUUUUCAAACAAUCGAAAGAAUUCCUUUCGGAAAACGGAGUCAUUGUCAUUACUCUUGCUGAAACGAAACCCUACAAUAUGUGGAAUUUAAAGGGAUUAGCCAAAGAAGCAGGUUUCAUUAGCUUGAUGACUGAACCAUUUGACUCUUCUUGUUAUCCUGAAUACUCUCAUCGACGUACAAUUGGAUGGAAAGAGGGAAUUAGCGAAAAAUCAAAUUGGAAAGGCGAACUGAGAGAUUCCCGACAUUACUGUUUCGUUGCUGCAGGAAGCAAGGUUGUUCCUUAUAAUCAAAAAAAACAUUUUAAUCCAAAGCAAGAUUCAAUAGAUAGUUCUGAUGAUUCUCUAGAUUAA